CUCGUUAUGGUAUUGAGCGCCUAUCAACCCCCUUGCCCCGGCCUAAGCGCCUAAGACGCAAAUCAUGACAUACAAAAUAAUCGAUAAUAUCGCGGCCGAAGGUGUGUCUUACUACACGCCAGCCCAGGAUCCUCCUGCAGGCACACAACUGGAGGGAUCAGUCAAGUUGUUCAGCCCGAUCACUAUCCGCGGCGUGACGUUUCCCAACCGCUUAUUCCUGGCACCUCUCUGUCAGUAUUCUGCUAAGGAUGGCUACGCUACAGAUUGGCACUUAACGCACCUUGGCGGGAUUAUCCAACGUGGCCCGGGAUUGGCAAUUAUGGAGGCAACGGCAGUCCAGAAAGUCGGUCGUAUUACCCCACAGGAUCUUGGUCUCUAUGAAGACGGUCAGAUCGAGCCUUUAAGGCGUAUUACGGAGUUUGCCCAUAGCCAAAAUCAGAAGAUUGCGAUUCAAUUAGCGCACUCGGGCCGGAAAGGCAGUGCCGUCGCUCCCUGGUUGAGUAGUAACGCAAUGGCGGUUAAAGAAGUUGGUGGAUGGCCCGAUGAGAUUGUGGCCCCAUCGGCAAUUCCUCAGGAAGAAGGGAUCAACACCGUCCCUAAGGCUUUGACUAGAGCGGAUAUCGAAGUCCUAAAACAGGAUUUCGCAGAGGCGGCGAGAAGAGCUGUUGACGCCAAUUUUGACGCUAUUGAAAUUCACGCUGCCCACGGAUAUCUUUUACAUCAGUUUUUGAGCCCCGUGAGCAACAAAAGAAACGACGAAUAUGGAGGAAGUUUUGAAAACAGAGUCAGACUACUAUUGGAGAUUGUUGAUGGGAUCCGGGCCAUUAUCCCAGCCACAAUGCCUCUCCUGGUUCGGAUCAGUGCGACUGAUUGGUUCGAGUUCGGCCUCGAGGACGAGUUUCCUGAGAGCUGGACUGUAAAUCAAUCCGUACAGCUCGCCCCACUUUUAGCUGAUCACGGUGUUGAUUUGGUGGAUGUCAGUUCAGGGGGGAUUCACGCCAAAUCUGCGAUUGCCAUCAAGCCAACCCCUGCUUAUCAAGUCCAUUUUGCUCAAGAGAUUAAGCACGCUGUCGGCGAUAAAUUGCUGAUCUCAGCUGUUGGCGGUAUUAAAACAGGAGCCUUGGCUGAGCAAGUACUACAGUCUGGCAUUGAUGCUGUACAGGCCGGACGAUGGUUCCAACAGAACCCAGGCUUGGUUCGCGCGUUUGCCAACGAGCUCAACGUGAAGGUGAGGAUGGCCACACAGAUUGACUGGAGUUUCGAGGGUCGCGGAAAGGGCAAAAAGCGGUCGUGAUGAAACAAUUCGAGAAUAGAGGUUACUGCUCUGGAGAAUAGAUGGUAUAAAGAACGAUGGUUAAAUGACCCGAGACAUUUUGAUCAAGUCAGUGCCGCUCGUAAAUCUUGAUAUUAGCGUAUUUUGCCGGGAAUACGUCAAGUUUCUACCGGCUUGUGCACAUAAAAAACCGUACCUGGCGGUUGGCGGUUGGUUAAAGGAAUGGGGAGAAUGCCUGGAUUGUUGUGAUGGCCG